AAUCCAAUCGAGUUUCAGAUUUCGGAAGUAAACCAAAGCUUCUUCUUCAAUCGCAUAGCCGCACGUCGUCGCCGGACUUGUAGCUUGUUUUGGUGGAAGAUGACGCUAUUUCACUUUUUCAACUGUGCGAUUCUCACCUUCGGUCCCCACGCCGUCUACUACUCCGCCACUCCAUUAUCUGAAUAUGACACUCUUGGAACCUCCGUGAAGGCUGCUGUUGUUUACCUCGCUACAGCACUGGUUAAGCUUGUUUGCUUGGCAACUUUUCUGCAAGUCUCUGAAACUGAAGUAUUUGAUCCUUACCAGGAAGCACUGAAAGCAAUGAUUGGCUUCAUUGACGUCGCUGGUCUGUACUUUGCUCUGGCUCAGCUGACACACAGGAACAUCUCUCAGAACCAUAAGUUUCAAGCUGUUGGCCUUGGAUGGGCAUUUGCGGAUUCUGUUUUGCAUAGGUUGGCUCCUCUUUGGGUUGGUGCUCGAGGACUUGAGUUCACCUGGGAUUAUGUUUUGCAAGGGCUUGAAGCCAAUGCAAAUCUGGUGUUUACGAUAUCUUUAGCUGCGCUAGGUUCAUUGAUGUGGCUACGCAAGAACAAGCCAAAGACUCUGAUCCCCAUCAUAUACACGUGUGCAGUGAUCAUCGCUACAAUGCCUUCAAUCACGAGCUAUCUAAGGAGAGUCAUGGGAUGGCAUUUCCCCAAAGUUGUUGGGUUUGAGCUGAUGACUUCUCUGGUUAUGGCUUUCAUCAGCUGUCAACUCUUCAUUCUUUGUCAGAGACCGUCUUUGUGAUUCCACUCCUAUCGGGAGACUAAACUCACUUGAACUGCUCUUUUGGCAGAAGAGAGCUUUAUGUUUAUGGGUAACUCUUGAGACGUACGUACUUGCCUUGUUUUUCGGUUCCUUGAAACUUUUGAUCUUUACAUUGUAGAAGAAUAUUGAACCACAUAUUCAAGAGAUCCUUACACUUGAGGUCUCUCUUGUAAGGGAUCAACAAGAGCUUAUAAACGUCAAGAGCAUUCAUCUAA